GAAAGGUUGAACUGCAAACUAGUUUUAAUGUUGAUGGGAAGCAUAAAAGUACCAAUCCCAUUGAAUUCUUGGUUGUUGAACCAGAUUGGCCUGGGCCUGAUUUAAUGUUAGGAAAACCAUGGUUGCAAAAAAAUGAUGCAACAAUUAAUAUGUGUAAUAACAAGCUUUCUAUACAUGAUAAUUUUGCAAUCCCAAUUGUGAAAAAUAGUGAAUCCGAAACUGAACCUGAGACAGUCUCAUCUCCUGAACGAAGCUUUGAUGAAAAAGAAUGGUUAUUGGUUAACCAAUUGGCCAAAUCGCAACUUCUCAAAUGUUUGCAACAUCAAAAAAGGAGUUUAAGUCAAGAUACUAGUACCAGGGGGUCUUUUCCUUCAGUUGAAGAAAUCAGAAAAUGGGUGCCUGUGCAAGUUGUUGGCUUCUUAGAGUCUGGAGAUGAAUUAUGUCUUACUAAUAAUGACAUCAAAAUGGUCAAGAAAAAUAGGUUCGCUGGUAAAGACUUUCUUCUUUUGAAAGAAGAAGAUCUCUGUUAUAUUGGAUUAUCUCUUGGUCCAGCUAAAAGAAUAGCACAGUUAAUUAAGGCAAUUUCAAGAACAUCUUUAAUAGAUAAGCCAUCUACUAAUCUUCUCAAGAUUGACUAUGGUAAGCUUCUCACUACAGUUCAGUGUGGAUGUAAACUAGGUGGUGCACCAUUCUUGGUUGGUUCUCAACCACCGCCUAAUGACUCAUUGUGGUCACACAUUAAGGAUCAAGGGUUUGAGGUGAAUGUGUUUGAUCAGGACAUCAUAAGCCAUUGUGAGAAGGGGGCUGAUAUAGCACUUGCGUUAUCAGCAGCAGAAAUGAUCACAUUAAAUGAUCCUGGUAUUUUAAUUAUUAUUGCUGGAGAUAGAGACUAUAAACCUGUAGUAAAACGAGCACUGGAACUCAAUUGGACUGUGGAGACAUGGUUUUGGAAUUUAGGACCUGACCUCAGUGAGAAGAACCAAGUCCUUGAAGUUACUGAUGGCAACUUCAUUCGAAAUUUGAAAAAUGAAGAUGUAUUAGAAUGGUUUAAUACUUUAAACUUGUUCGGUUGGUGGGAAUGGGAUGGUUAUAGGGCUGUGCGAUUUUACUUUAAUAAUUCGGAAAACUUGGAAGUGGUAAAAAAUUGGAUCCUGCACAAUUAUCAGGAAGUACGAGUCCAAGAAAAAAAUUAA